GCGAGUUGUUGCUUCAACAGAGCAGUAUAGAAACAUAUUUUGAAGCGUCUUUGUAUGAAGCAGUGGAUUACGAGACCAUUACGCAAAAUGAGAAAAAACACGAUGAUCGCCUCGUUGCUCGUGGCAAUGCUGAUUUCCCAGUCGCUAGCAGCUUGGUCAGGUAGUAGGAUAAUAGGAUCGAAAAUUGCUGAUGCCAGUAAAAAGGCGAUUGAAAAAGUGAAAGAUGUUGGUGAAAACGUAGGCCAGAAAAUAGCUGACUCCCCUGUAGUAAAGGCAACAGCUAAAGUCGGCAAAAAUGUGGUUGAGGCAGUCAAAGACACGGGCAAAAAAGUCGCCGAUAAAACAAAAGAAACCGCCCAAAAAAUAGCUGAUACGCCUGUAGGAAAGGCAACAGCUAACGUUGGCAAAAAGGUAGUUGAGGCAGUCAAAGACACGGGCAAAAAAGUCGCCGAUAAAACAAAAGAAACCGCCCAAAAAAUAGCUGAUACCCCUGUAGGAAAGGCAACAGCUAACGUUGGCAAAAAGGUAGUUGAGGCAGUCAAGGACACGGGCAAAAAAGUCGCCGAUAAAACAAAAGAAACCGCCCAAAAAAUAGCUGAUACCCCUGUAGGAAAGGCAACAGCUAACGUUGGCAAAAAGGUAGUUGAGGCAGUCAAGGACACGGGCAAAAACAUCGCCGACAAAACGAAAGAAGCCGUCAAAAAAGUGUUCUCGCAAUAGCGUUAACUGAUUGUACUUUCCUGUGGUCGUUUAAAGUUUAUAUGUUUAUAAGAUACUAUAUUCAAUAAAAUGUAUGAAUAUCUACGUUUAACGUCGAAUCUUUUCGUUUAAACCAAUGC